AUGAAGCGCGGCAUCUUGGACAGUCCUCUCGCGACUGGGCCCAAAGCCAAUUUCGCUAGGAUUGGUUUAUUGAUGAACUUUGUUCUUUCGGUUUCUUCAAUGGUUAUCCUGAAAUUUAUCUUCUACAAUUUCGAAUUUCCGGCCCUGACCACAACCCUAGUCCACUUCAGCACGAGCACAUGCCUUAUGAUCGCCACGCGUUUAACUCAGAGUAUUCCUUGGGUCAGUCUCCGCUGGGGGCCGGUGUGUAAGCUCGGCGUUGGGUUUUCUUUAUUGGUCACUUUCACAAACCUCUCGCUGUAUCAUAAUUCGUUGAUAAGCUUCGUGAUGCUCAAAACCACAACUUUGAUAUGGAUUCCGGCAAUGCACCGUCUUUUCUCAAACUUUAUUUUCUCCUGGUCGACAUUACUCGCGUUGUGUCCCGUGAUCUCAGGAAUUCUGUUACACUUCUGCUUCGAGCAAGAUAUGAAUUCCCUCGGAAUUUUGUACGGCAUCCUGGGGGCGAUGGUAACCUCUGCUUACCAGCUCUACCUUUCUGAGAAGCAGAAAGAAAUGCAGGUGGACUCCCUCCAACUUCUCCUGUACGAGGCUCCUAUCGGGGUCCUUCUGCUAAUUCCGAUUUCUUGGUACUUUGAUCGGAGCGAGAUAUACGCGGAAAGCCCUGCUUUCACUUGGCACUUGCCGCUUCUCCUCUUGGUCUCGGGUGCGUGUACGAGUAUAGUACCCUUCACCGAGCAGUGGACCAUUGGCCACACGUCAACCGCGGAAUACAAUGUCGUUAGCCAGAUGAAGUUUGCUGUCACGCUCUUCAUUGGCUAUAAUACGUUCAACUCGUUAUCGUACAGGCCCAUUCAAAUUAUGGGACACAUGAUGACCCUCAGCGGCAUAGUUGUGUAUACUCAUCUGAAGGUGAGCUAG